GGUGUUUGCAUCCUAGCAGCUCUUGUUGGAGAACAGAAUCACUGGUGUGAAACUGGAGUACGGCGGCGUUCAUUUGGGCUCAAACGCGCCUGGCGUUAAUGCGGGAAGCGGCUUCGCCUUGAGCCAAAAUGGAUUCCAGUUACACCUGGUUGGAUCGUACCACUUUGCUGGGACAAGGGGGGUUGGAACUCCAUUGAGCUUUAGAGAUUCACAGAAAGCCCUCUCAGAGACGCUGGAGUGGUAGAGCUGUUCCCAGUGGCGUGUCAGCUGGAAAUUAUUGGACGAGGCAACUUUUGACUUUCAUCCGAAGGCGAUCAGAUUUUUUUUCUUCAAAUAUUCGCUGUUUUCUGUGCGCAAAUGGCUUCUUCUGAUGUGGCUCGACAGAUGGACAAGAACGCCCGUCCUCUGGCUCUAUCAGGACAUGUUGGGUUCGACAGUCUGCCCGAUCAACUGGUCAACAAGUCCACUAGUCAAGGAUUCUGCUUCAACAUCUUGUGCAUCGGUGAAACUGGGAUCGGUAAAUCCACGCUGAUGGACACGCUCUUCAACACCAACUUUGAGAAUUUCGACCAUCGUCCCAACUUUGAGGCCGAAGGUGAAGUUGGCGAGCGCAGCCAUAACGAUCUUCAAGGAGAGUCAACAUCAUCCCCGUCAUCGCUAAUGAGCCGACAAACAUCUCCAAGAGGCGAGCUGCACAAGUUCAAGAUCAAGAUCAUGAGCGAGCUGUGUCAGGCACGCGUGCAGAUCUACCAUUUCCCCCUCGAUCGACGAGACCGUUCCAAGAUCACCCGCCAAAUUGAACGUGAGUCUCUCAGAUGA